AUGGCUGAGGCUACCACCAAUCCCGAUGGCUCUGCGCACUCGGUACCGGGUCCGACGCCCCAAGAUGCGCUGUCCGCGCGAGUUCCAGCGUCUACUGGCUCGGCCCAAAAUGGCAACGCUGCCAACCAACCCACGACUGUCGGUUCUCCUCUCGCGACAUCCCUCCUCAGCUCACAGAACGCUGCGCACACGGGCACGGCAAGCCACUCGCUCUCAGCGAACACCAGCAGUCAAAACGGCGGCCUCGGCCUGACUUCACCGCUCUACGGCAGUCGCCCGCGGUCGAGUUCAUCGCCCUUCACGGCCACCACACCACUUCUCUCGUCUCUCGCAUCCCUCCCUUCCCACGAUCGUGCUCUCGUUGAUCAACUAGCAAAAACUCUUGCGGCACAAAUUGUCUCGCAGGGUAACACAGCGACUGGCGGUGCUAAUGGUAACGACUCCAGUACAUCCCAUGUCGCUGUCUCUUCCCUCGCAAACAAGCCCCUUUUCACGCGUGCAGCGGAAACGCACAAGGCGAGUUACGAGUGUGCCGUAGUGAUCCACCCCGAAAUCUCGACCCUCGCAGGAUACGACAUUCGCCCUCCCCUCACACUCUUCUCCAACCACGCUCUACAGGAACUCCUCGCCAACCCGGCGAGUCACCGCACGAAGUACAGGACCGCGAAAGGGAAUGCCACGCUCAUCAACGUUGGCGCUUUCGGUAGGGAGGAGGAUUUGGGCUCGGAGGCUUGGAAGGAAUGCUGGAAGAAUAUGUUGCAGUGGCAGAAGGGGGUAUCAGAUGUGGAGGUCUACGAGCGUUGGCGCAAUCAUUUCGAGGUCCUGUCCAAUCUUUCCUACUUCCAAGACGAGUUCGACGCCAUCCGAGCCUUCGACAUCGCCGAACGUACCACGUACUUCACCACAUGCUUCUCCUACGUUGCUGAAGUUUGGUGGACGCGUUUGACCGGUGUCCGUCAGCAGGUCGCUGCCAAAGCGAGUAAGGAUGAAUUGCAGAAGAUUAGGGCUGACAUGCUACAAUUCGCCGGCCCCGUUCGUACAGACCGCACAUCUACUGUCCGUCACCAGCCCUACCCCUCCCAGCCUGGAGCUACGUACCGUCGGGUCUGCCUUCGAUGUGGUCGCCCGAACGAGAUCGCCAGCGAGUGCACGCAUUCCACCACGGUCCAUGGCCGCCCCGUCAUCACACGUUACGACCCUGAACUCAAGACCCUUUCCGCUAUCAACGGAGACUUUGACUAUUGCUUUCAGUUCAACUUUGGUGGUCCUGCGAGGUGCGGAGGCAACCACUCCCCUCAUGUUCGGGAUGAGUGUUCAGUUUGUGGUGGAGAUGAUCAUCAUGCUGCCAGCGGUAAUUGCCCAGCCUAA